GACCAGACGUUAUAUCUGCUGUCCACUCGCCAUCGACCCCACAUAAAAAGCUGCCCAUUGUCUUCAGCAGCUGCUGUUUGACUCUCUUCACCUCCACAGACGCACAUUUACAGAAGUUGAAGUGAGGAGCACGACAGAUCCAGAGCGAUGAAUCCCAGAGGGGAAAAGCCGAAGUCGAAGAUUUCGGCUUCUCGCAAGCUCUCCCUCAAAAUGCUGCUCCUCACGAGAGCCUGUGAGGAUUUGGAGAAGGAGAGGCAAGAGAGGGAGGAGGAGAAAGUACGCUAUUUAGGAGAAAAGUUGCCUCCAUUGCAACUGUCUGGAAUGUCCCUGAAAGAACUACAAGAACUGUGCAAGCAGCUUCAUACAAAAAUUGAUAUUGUGGAUGAGGAGAGAUAUGACUGUGAAUCCAAAGUGAACAAGCAUAACAAAGAUAUCCAUGAGCUGAAGCUGAAGGUACAGGACCUUGGGGGCAAGUUCAAAAAGCCUGCUCUGCGAAAAGUGAGGGUGUCAGCAGACGAGAUGAUGAGAGCCCUCCUGGGCUCCAAACACAAAGGUUCAAUGGACCUCAGAGCCAACCUCAAGUCUGUGAAGAAAGAGGAUGUGAAACAGGACAAGGUGCUUACCAAUGAAGUAGGCGACUGGCGUAAGAAUGUGGAGGCCAUGUCAGGUAUGGAGGGCCGUAAGAAGAUGUUCGACACAGGCGGCGGAGCACAGUGAGAUCACCUCUAAAAGCAGGAAAAGUUAAGCUGUCUAGACAUAAAGUGGAAAACCUAACGGGAGACAAAUUGACCUGAAAGCUGCUGGAGUUUAGUUUGAGGUAAAAGCAAGUAUAAAUCCCAUCUGUGCUGCAUUUUACUUGAUAGCCAUUCAGUGUAACGACUCAAGGCACUUAAAGUGUAAAAUAAAAGUGUAGAACCCCAUGUUUUCUUUUGUUACCAAAGAAUAUUUUGUUUUGUUAUGUCACCUUAAGACAAUUAAAGAGGAUUUAAAUGAACA